CCUACAUGAGGGCAUGUCAAGUUUGCAAGCAAAAAAUGAGACUUUUGUCAUCUACUCUUUUCUUGAAUUCAAAUUUAAGUAAUUCAGCAUCAAUAAGAAACAAAUUUCAGUUGCGCUGUAUUUCAUGUACUAGGGCGACAAGUCUGCCAAUUGCAGAAAAAUGGCAAAAAUCAGAAACGAACUUGAUGACAUUGCGUCAGUUUCAUAACAGUUCUAGAACUCUCUCAACUUGCUCUUUAAUCGGCACAAGCAAGAUAAAAGAAAGCGCAAAUGAAGGAACGAUAUUUACCAGAAGACGAACUGGGUGGUUCAAUAAUGGGGGUGUGGCUUUUUACAGUUCAAGUGCUUCAUCAGCUGGUGACCAAGGCUCUGAUGGUGAUGGAGAAGACAAGCCAGAGAGCUCAGCAGAUGAUAGUGAGAAUGUUGCAGAAGAGGAAGCAAGUGAACAGCCGGUGAUGAACUACAACAUGGCUGCCCUGACCACCACAACAAUCCCUGACUACUUCCCUAACAUCCCUGUGAUCGCCAUCAACAGAAAUCCAGUGUUCCCAAGAUUUAUCAAAAUGAUUGAGGUGAAUGAUAAAAAGCUGUGUGAGUUGAUAAAGAGAAAAGUGAAGCUGAACCUACCAUAUGCUGGCAUCUUUCUGAAGACAGAUGACAGCAAUGACAAGGAUGUGGUGAAGGAUCUGUCGGACAUCUACAAGGUGGGGAUGUUUGUUCAGAUCGUUGAGAUGAGGGAGCUGGACAACAGGCUGCAGAUGAUGGUCAUGGGACACAGAAGGAUUUCGAUACUGCGACAGUUACCUGAGGAAAUCCAGUUACAGAGCGACAUGGCGGCUGUGGCACAGCAACUAGGUGAACAAAUUGCUCAAAAGGACCAGAAAAAUCAGCGCCGCUCUCGGAGACAAAGAAGAUUAGAAAAACAGAAUGGUGCCACUAAUGGCACACUUGAUGAGGUUCAAGAAAAUGGUGCCACUAAUGGCAAACUUGACGAGGUUCAAGAAAAUGAUGCAGAUCAAGAGGCAGAUGUGACUCCACGUGAACAGAUGUUGAAGACAGAGGUUAUGUCAGAUGUCAUCAUGGUCGAGACAGAAAACAUAAAGGACGAACCUUUUGAUUCAGACAUGAAACUGAAGGCCUUAACAGCAGAAGUAGUGAAGACCAUUAGGGAUAUCAUGGCCUUGAAUCCAUUAUACAGGGAAAACCUCCACCAGAUUAUGCAGACAGGACAGAGAGUGCUGGACAACCCAGUCUAUAUCUGUGAUCUAGGUGCUGCGCUCACUUCGGCGGACCCUUCUUAUCUACAGCAAGUCAUUGAAGAAACUAAUAUUCCAGAAAGACUUGAACUGGUGCUUUCUUUGCUGAAAAAGGAAUUUGAGUUGAGUAAACUGCAGAAGAAAAUUGGCAAAGAGGUAGAGGACAAGGUUAAGAAGCAGCACAGGGAGUACAUCCUGAGGGAGCAGCUCAAGAUUAUCAAGAAGGAGCUAGGCAUUGAGAAGGAUGACAAAGAUGCUAUAGAGGAAAAGUUCAGGGCACGUCUCAAGGAAUUGGUGGUUCCUGAGCAUGUUCAGACAGUGAUAGACGAGGAACUGAACAAGUUGGCCACAUUGGACAACCAUUCAUCUGAAUUCAGUGUAACCCGCAACUACCUAGACUGGCUAACGAGCUUACCAUGGGGCAAAUACAGUGAGGAAACUCUGGCAUUGGACAAAGCUAAGGAGAUACUUGAGGAGGACCAUUAUGGCAUGGACGAAGUGAAAAAAAGGAUCCUGGAGUUUAUUGCAGUCAGUCAGCUGAAGGGCUCUACCCAAGGCAAGAUUCUGUGUUUCCACGGUCCUCCUGGCGUCGGCAAGACCAGCAUAGCUAGGUCCAUAGCCCGGGCACUUAAUAGACAGUAUUUUCGGUUCAGUGUUGGGGGCAUGUCUGAUGUGGCAGAGAUAAAGGGCCACAGACGGACAUAUGUGGGGGCCAUGCCAGGAAAGAUGAUACAGUGCCUCAAGAAAACCAAGACUGAAAACCCCCUGGUUCUUAUUGAUGAGGUUGACAAGAUGAGUCGCGGACACCAAGGCGAUCCAGCCUCUGCAUUGCUAGAGUUACUGGAUCCUGAACAGAACGCCAACUUCCUCGACCACUACCUUGAUGUUAAUAUUGACUUGUCUAAGGUGUUGUUUAUCUGCACAGCCAAUGUUGUGGACUAUAUUCCCGAGCCCCUGAAGGACCGCAUGGAGCUGAUUGAUGUAUCAGGAUAUGUGGCCGAGGAGAAACUCGCUAUUGCUGAGAAGUACCUGUUACCACAAGCUCGUGAGCAUUCGGGCGUGAAGGAAGAGCAAUUGACUGUUUCUAAGGACGCCAUGUACGAGCUCAUCAAGGCCUACUGUAGGGAGAGUGGGGUCAGAAACCUCCAGAAGCAUGUUGAAAAGAUUCUGCGGAAGGCAGCCUUCAAGAUUGUGUCAGAGGGCACAGAACAGCUGACUGUGGACUCUAGCAACAUUCAGGAGUAUGUUGGAAUACCCAAGUUCACCAAGGAGAGGAUGUAUGACGUCAACCCGCCGGGCGUUGUUACGGGGCUGGCCUGGACAGCUUAUGGUGGCUCAACUCUGUACAUUGAGACAGUACUAAAGAAGGCUCUGGACUUCGACCCAGAAAACAAGGAGAAAGGGGACCUGCAGGUGACUGGUAACCUUGGUGAUGUUAUUAAAGAGAGCACCCAGCUCGCGUACACAUUCUCUAAAAUAUUUCUGAGACACAUCGAUCCUGAUAAUAAGUUCUUGGAAAAGGCAAGCAUUCACCUGCAUUUACCAGAGGGAGCGACGCCAAAAGAUGGCCCAAGCGCAGGAUGUGCCAUAGUAACGGCCUUGUUGUCCCUAGGGAUGGAUAAGCCCUGCCGACAGAACGUUGCAAUGACUGGAGAAAUCUCGCUGACAGGCAAAGUUCUCCCUAUUGGCGGCGUGAAGGAAAAAGUUAUAGCUGCGAGGAGAUCGGGGAUGGAGUGUGUUAUAUUACCUGAAGACAAUAGAAAGGACUUUGCUGACUUGCCUGACUUUAUAGUGAAGGACAUAGAGGUCCACUUUGCCAGCAAUUACUCUGAUGUUUUCCCUGUGAUGUUCCCAGAUGUUCAGCCGAAGCCUAUACCUAGCUGAGGGGGGAUAUAUUAGGAAUUGUCAGCUUUGCAUUGCUAGAAUUUGAUUGAUAUAAAAGAGAAAUUUAUGUGGGAAAACACAUGUACAUAAAGACUGAACAAAAGUGUUGGUCCAAAGUGAUUUUCUUUAUCAAAAGAUGCUUAUUUAUGUGGAUUUAAAUUAAACCGUGAAUUGUUGCAAAAAAACUUAAUGUGUAUUGUACUUUACAGUUACAUGUGUAUCUGAUAAUUUAUAUGCUAAUGGUAGUAAGCAGUGCUUGGACCAUGAGAUUUUCAUCACACUUGUCUUUUUCGAUAUCUUGGAUACAUUUUACUUUUCUCUUAAUGGCGUUCAAUAAAUAGAUGUUGUGAAAAAUACAUGAACAUGUACCUGUAUAUAUCAUUGUAAGCUCUGUUAUGCAUAAUUUUAGAAUUAUUGCAAUUUUUGCAUUUUGAAAUGGUAGUACAACCAUUGUAUUAAUAUCUAGUUCACAUCUCGAAUGUCUAGGUAUCGUCCUGGUCUUAGGGUCACCAGGCCAAGUGGUGCAAUCAUGUUCAGCUCAUAGCCUGCCCAGAGUCAGAAACCAUUCAAGGUAUUCAGAUCAAGAAACAUGGUGCACAUAUGGCAGGAGACAAAACAGAACAGAACAGAUAUUUGCAUUACUCAUCACCCCAGGGAGACUUAAUAAAAACAUAAGUCCCAUUUUGGCGAUGCCCUAGUUCACUUAUGUUAUUAGGGCUUUUCCAUUUAAACAUUCAUGCCAUUCGAGGAAGGCAAAAUAAAGACAUUCUAUAGGACCAGGUGGCUGUUGGUUUUUUGCUUCUGAUAAGUAAGACUUCAUAAGACUGUCCCAGUCCAAUUUGAACAUGCCUUUCUGGGGUGGGGUGUAUGUUUAAAUGGAUUACCCCUUUACGAUAUUAUAAAUUUAUUAGAGGUAAUUUAUAUGUUGGAUAAAUAGUCACAGAAAUAUAACACAUUAUUAAUAACAAUACAUGUACUUUGUUGAAGAUACCUAUUCUGUUAAAGGAAUAAAGUGAACAUACUUCACACUGUCA